ACUCUGGCGCCGCCCGCAGGUGAGCCGGGGAACUGCGUCAGUCUUUGUGCCGCCGCCAUCUUGACCAGCAUCCGGAUAAUCACCACCUGAACACACUGAUUUACAGCAAACACACACGACUACAGAGCGGCAAUGGCCACUGCACCCUACAACUACUCCUACAUCUUCAAGUACAUCAUCAUCGGAGACAUGGGCGUAGGGAAGUCCUGCUUACUGCACCAGUUCACAGAGAAGAAAUUCAUGGCCGACUGCCCGCACACCAUCGGCGUGGAGUUCGGCACCAGGAUCAUCGAGGUGAGCGGUCAGAAGAUCAAGCUGCAGAUCUGGGACACGGCAGGUCAGGAGCGCUUCAGGGCCGUGACGCGCAGCUACUACAGAGGAGCGGCGGGAGCGCUGAUGGUCUACGACAUCACCAGGAGAAGCACAUACAACCACCUCAGCAGCUGGCUGACCGACGCCAGGAACCUUACCAACCCCAAUACUGUGAUCAUACUCAUAGGAAACAAAGCGGAUCUGGAAGCGCAGCGGGACGUGACGUAUGAAGAAGCUAAACAGUUCGCUGAAGAGAAUGGUCUGCUGUUCCUGGAGGCCAGCGCUAAAACAGGUGAGAAUGUGGAGGAUGCGUUUCUGGAAGCCGCCAAGAAGAUCUACCAGAACAUUCAGGACGGCAGUCUGGAUCUGAACGCGGCCGAGUCUGGCGUGCAGCACAAACCGUCAGCGCCGCAGGGCGGCCGGCUCACCAGUGAACCACAGCCGCAGAGGGAAGGGUGUGGCUGUUAAUGACCUUCAUCCUCCACAACCAUCCUCCUCUUCCUCCAUCACACACACGCUCGCGUUGCAAGGCAACCGCAGAGAGGAUCAUGUGCUCAUUUCCUCCUGUUUCUCUCUUCAUCUGUCCAUCCUCUCUCUCUGGUCAGUGUGUUCUUCAGUUCCCAUCUUCACCUUCCUCUGACUGCACCGCUGCUCAUCACAUCACACGCAUCAGUUCAGCUUCUUUUUAUUGAUUGAUUUUAUAGCCCAACAAUGUGACAUCACAGAAAUAAGACCCAUACUGAAGGAAGUGGCCAAACGUGACAUCGAUUCAUAAUAAUGCUGCUGCUGCAUGGGUUGUGUUAGGAUCGUUUUAAGAACAUCAAAUACAUAUCUGCUGCCAUUUUUCCAAACGUAUGAGUGUCAGUGUGGUUGUGACGCAUUCAGAGCAGUGAAAUCGUGCAGGAGAAUCAAUCUGUUUGUGUUAGUCACCUAUAGGACACCCGUCUGAUGUGCAUUCAGAUAAAAAGCACCUGGGUUGAGGGUGCAAAAUAAUGCAUCAGUUUUUUAUGCACCUGCGGCCAGAAUCAUGCAUUGCAUUUUUUCUUAAUCUCUAAAUGUGCAGUGGUCUCAUUGAUUUCACUGAUCCCAGAUUUAUAACCUAAUGAAACGUCUCCUUUUGCAAACUCGCAAUCACGUGCAUGUCACAUGUGAGCGCAUGUGUGAGUGUAGAGUCAGUUUGGGUCAGACAGCUUUAUGAAUCAAAGGCAAUUUACGGAAAGAUUAAUUAUUUAAUCGCUCCCAUCUCCUUUUCUGCUCCUUCAUUCUAUCAACAUUCAUUCCUCUGUCCUCACCACCAUUAUUUCAUGUUGCCUUAUUAUUUUUCACGUUAAUAUUAUCACCGUUUAUUCUCAGCUAGCUCAACAUGCAGUUCAGUCUUGAGUUAAACAAACGGUUUUACAACAGUGCUACUGUUUUUGUAUAGAUCUAUGAAAUGUGAUGGAACUGUCUCCAGUCACUGCAUUGGCUUGUAUAUUAACAGCACCACCGCAAAUUCCUCUGAAGCAGCAUCUGUGUCUUAAUUCAGUGUAUGUACCAUAUGAAAUCAAAUCUGAUUCAGCUGCUGUAAAUAAGGCUGUAUCUGUUGGUGAUGUAACAGAGCACUGACUCCUCACUUGGCGUAUACAUCACAAACUCUCACACAUCCAGCUGAAGAGACAGAAGGCAAAUUCUCCUUCAGAAAGUCUUAAAAAUGGAGCUCAGAUCUUGACUGAUCUAAGGCAGGCACUAGUCCUUUUGAACUGUCUGAAUCUGCGAUUUGAAAGACCUUGCUGUUGACAUGAACAAAAACAGUACAUAUGUAUAAACUUUGAAGGAGCUGUGCUAACGUUUGAAAAUCUGUUCUUGUGUGUAUAUGAUUUUAAAAUGUUGACAUUUUGAUUUUAAUGACGAUAAUAAAAAUGUAGACAAAG